CACGUCACCCGCGCCCCAACAAACUCCGCCAUUUUCUUUUGCGGAGGAAAAGUAGAGAGAGAAGGUCCAAGUUCCGAGUCCUCCCUCCGUCCCCGUCUUCCUCCUCCAGCGACUGCUUCUUCCCACCGGCCGCGCCGCCCCACCGACCGGACCCAACCACCGCCGCGCUCCGCUUGACUCCUCCCUCCCUCCGCCCGCUCCUCGGAGGCACAGGUCGGGGGCGCUCGAUUCGGCGCGCUGCCUCGCCGGACACGCCAGCUCUGGGUGUGGGUGGAGGCACAGCUCGGCUCCCCGCUGUGGUGCUGCGACGGACCUAGGGUUUACUGUUCAGCAGCAGCAGGGUGAGGUGGCACCUCCUGCUGCCGGGGACCCAGGGGACGAGGCAGCUUAAUUCGGCGUCCGUGUCGGGGAGAUUUGGACUGAUCUGGGUGGUAGUAUGAUCAAGCAGAUCCUUGGGCGGUUCCCUAAGAAGCCGUCCAAGUCCGGGGACAAGGAUCCGAUCGGACGGUCAGGCGCCUCCGUGUCCAACCCUCCGAGAGGCGCGGAGAGGGCAUCCGGCCACACGCCAAUUAUCUCCAGCUCUGGGCUCAGCUACGGCGGCGGCCAGCAUCCGGGUAACGGAAACAACUCGAGGGUCAACAAUGGCAAUUCAUCGGCCUUCGAGCUGCUCCCGGGCUUUAAGGAUGUCCCCAACGCCGAGAAGAAUAACCUCUUUGUCAAGAAACUGAACCUGUGCUGCGUCACGUUUGACUUCAGCGACCCGACAAAGAGCAUGAAGGAGAAGGAAGUAAAACGACAAACUCUGUUGGAGCUCGUGGACUAUGUCGCCUCGGCCAAUCAGAAGUUUCCGGAGAUAGUUAUGCAGGAGACCACGAGGAUGGUUUCUCUGAACCUGUUCAGGACGCUGACCACCCCUCCCAGGGAGAACAACAUUUCAGCCUAUGAUUUGGAUGAGGAUGAGCCUGUGAUGGACCCUGCUUGGUCGCACUUGCAGAUUGUUUAUGAGUUGUUCUUGAGGUUCAUUCAGUCUCCGGAGACUGAUGCCAAGCUGGCUAAAAGGUACAUCGAUCAUUCCUUUGUCCUCAGGCUACUUGAUCUCUUUGACUCUGAAGACCCCAGGGAGAGAGAGUACCUCAAGAUGAUACUCCAUCGUGUCUAUGGAAAGUUCAUGGUUCAUCGGCCAGUUAUUAGGAAAGCCAUCAACAACACCUUCUACCAGUUCAUCUACGAAACUGAAAAGCACAAUGGAAUUGCAGAGCUACUGGAGAUCUUAGGGAGCAUCAUCAACGGGUUUGCGUUGCCACUUAAGGAAGAGCAUAAAUUGUUCCUUAUCAGGGCCUUGAUUCCACUUCACAAGCCAAAGUGCAUUGCAAUGUACCAUCAACAGUUGUCUUACUGCAUUACGCAGUUCGUUGAAAAAGAUUGUAAACUUUCAGACACAGUUAUCAGGGGCCUACUGAAAUAUUGGCCCAUCACAAACAGCAACAAGGAGGUGAUGUUUUUGGGAGAGUUAGAAGAGAUACUAGAAGCUACACAGCCUGCAGAGUUUCAGAAAUGCAUGGUUCCUCUUUUCCGCCAGAUUGCACGUUGUCUGAACAGCUCUCACUUUCAGGUUGCUGAGAGAUCAUUGUUUUUGUGGAACAAUGACCAUAUCGAGAGUUUGAUCAAACAAAACAGCAAGGUGAUAUUGCCUAUCAUAUUCCCUGCACUGGAGAGAAAUUCCAGCGGGCACUGGAACCCAGCUGUGCAAAGCCUCACUCUUAAUGUGCGCAAAUUGUUCUCUGAUCAUGACGCCGGACUGUACACCGAGUGUCUGCGGAAAUACGAAGAAGCCAAAGCCAAAGAGAAGGAGAAUAAAUUGAAGCAAGAAGCCACAUGGAAACGCCUAGAAGAGAUUGCGUCAUCAAGAGCAACCAGUGGAGAGGCUGUGCUCGUCCAUCGAACCUUACCCCGUCAAUCUUCAGCUGUGUAGCUAAUUAUUCAAGUGGUAAAGAUGUUCUCCUUUUCUUUUCUUUUCUUUUUCUGCUGGGUAGUUUGUAGCUCGUGCAAUUGUGUCUAAUGUAAGAAUUUCUUGAAUCAGUAGGGGGUCCUCCAGAGAUUCGUGAAACAUUGUACAUGAUUGAAUUGUAUAUACAAGGUAUAUUAGGCAGGCAAAUCGACAGGAGAUCUGAGAAGCCAGGUGGUGGGUUUGGCGCAGCACGGGAGCAUCAUCAUUUCUUGGUCCUGAGCCUCGGCGGCUUCUCUCGGCAUGCUGAGAUCUGCGGUUCAUUGCUAUAUCCUUUAUCCUUGUCGGAAUUCGGUCACAGUCUGUUUCUCCCAUGGAAGGGUUUGUUGUGGAAGCAAAUGGUCGGUCGUUGUUGUUGGUGGGUAGAUCUCUAGUUAGAGAGGUAGAGAGAAGUCGGUCUUCAUUUCAAAACGAGUCAUGGUUGUUCUCGAGUCGGCAUGGUUGUAAAAAAUGGAAGCAAAGUUUUCUUUUCCUGUACAAUAUAACCAAAAUAUUUUCUCACAGAACGUGUGAGGUGCAUUCAUUUUAUUAUUAUUAUAUGGCGUUCUGUCUUGUUGGA